AUGGAAGGCGCGUCGCCGUCUCUGGAAGCGAUUCAGACGAACCUCGCGCGAGUUCGCCGCGAUAUCUUUGCCGUCGCGGCGGCGUCUUUUACGCAGACAUCGGCAGCGGAGGGCGACGCCGUUUCUUCUCUGCCAUCGGCGGCAUCGUCUGCUGCCUCGAGCGCGUCUUCUGCGGCUGCCCCGUGGCUGACGAGGCACGCGGGAGUUCGCCUGCUGGCUGUGAGCAAGUAUCAUCCAAGUGCGUCUGUGGAGACCGCGGCGCGCGCCGGGCAGAGACACUUCGGCGAGAACUACGUGCAGGAGCUGGCGGAGAAGGCCAAACUCCUUUCUCACUUAAACCUCAAAUGGCACAUGAUCGGCCAUCUCCAGUCGAACAAGGCGAAGGCGCUUCUCGCAGCGUGCCCGUCGCUCUACGCUGUCGAGACGGUCGACUCGAAGAAGCUCGCGAAAGUCCUCAACGAGGCCGUCGGCGCCGUCCUCUCUCAGCGCGGAAACAAGCCGCUACGCGUCUUUCUUCAGGUCAACACGUCGGACGAGGAUAGCAAGAGCGGCCUGCGGCUGGGCGCCGCAGACGAUGCAUACGCAGAUGGCGUUUCGGGGGCAGCCAACAGCGACGUAAGGGAGCUUGUCGAAUUCAUCAUCGACGCAUGCCCCAAUCUCCGCUUCUCGGGUCUCAUGACAGUUGGACACCCCGAUCCUGCGAAGACCGGCGCUUCCUUUGAACAGCUCGCGCGGCUUCGCGACGCUCUGCUACAGCUUCCGCGCGUGCGAGAAAUCUUCGAGUCCGCGAGGCAGGCCGCCGACGAGAAGCACGCCUCCGCCGCCGCUCAGUCGGGGGCCGGAGACGACAGCAGCUGCGGGUGGGAGGAGAUUCCGGCCGAGGGGCAGGGCUCGGCGCUGGACGACAAUGAACAGGAUGAGGACAGAGACAACGUCUUCGAGUUGAGCAUGGGCAUGAGCGGCGACCUAGAAGAAGCGAUUCGACACGGCAGCACCGAAGUGCGCAUCGGCACAGCCAUUUUCGGCUCUCGGCCAGCCGUCAAGGCCUCCGCGUAG